AUGUUGAGGUUCGGCAAAAUCAGGGUUGACAUCCACCGACAUCUUCAAGGUGGUCCAUCAAUCAUGUCUGGUGAGCGUGCGGAGAGUCUACCCUUCUUGCUGGUUGUGAUCAGUUUGGAGGGAUGGCAGAAGCACCCAUUUACCCCGAAGGUCGCCACUAAGGCCUUCAAUGAGGUGAUGAGGAAGGUUUAUUAUGCUCUCGGUACUUGCGGAAAUGCGACGCACCGGCGAGCCAUCUUGAUCGACCUUCCGUACAUGGAUGCUGCGUCCGAUGCGGGAGAUGAACGACUGGAGGAUUUCGAAGGCGUUCAGCUUGUUGGAGAGGGGAGGGCAGUGGGAUCGCUUGCCACAGCGAUCGAAUAUGCCGGCCGGAGCCAUCUUGUUCAUGGACGUCAGAUCCUGGGCGUAUUGCUCGCUGAUAGUGAAGCCUUCAGGUCUAUCCCCAGGUUGACGGCGGUUCAAUCCCUGUAUGGCAACUCCUCCAGGUUCCAUUCCGGACUCGGGACGGCAUCGCCACAAAUCCUUAACCAGCCGGCCAUUGUCCCAGUCGGAGAGACAGACGAACAGCCGCAGCCAGAGGAGCAUCGAGAAGAUACGGCGAUAGUAUUAUACCGGUCUCAGAAGGCUGAAAUGCAGUCACCCGUAUUUCCGGGUGCUUUUGUGGCGGAAGAUAUCUCAGUAGGACAAGGCUACAGCCUUGACAUUGCAGCGGCGAACAGCUGGUCUUUGGAACGUAGUCCCUCAGUUAUAGCUCUGUCUUCGCCGGCUCAAGGGCGCCUGUCGCCCACCUUUGACGGUCCGCAAGCGCAAAGUCGCUUCAAUUCGAUUUCUCCAGAAGGGAUUCGUGCCCCAGAAGCGCCGCAGAUGCCUUCUCCAAAACCAAGCGGGCCUCAACGCGGUUCUUCUUGGCUGAAUAGCAAAUUCAGGAAGGAACACGGGGGCGAUGCAUGCGCAGCGUUUCAUCUGCAGGGCACAUGCCGGGAUCGAGGUUGCCGCUCUAAUGAGGAGCCGUAUCGUGUGAAGAUCAAAAGCGUCCCUGGCCAUAUUGAUCAGACCGUCCAUCCGGUUAAAGACUAUACGAACGGAUUUCAGAGCGUGAUGCCUAGACCCCGUACCCCAAACGAAGCUGGCUUGAGGCUGGACGUGUUUCAGCCUCUGAUCGAGGCGAUCAUUGACACGGCCGGCAGCGCGCGAAACAAAUGGGUCGAACGCACGCUUGUUUCGGAUCAGCUACGAAGGACAGGGAAAUGGCCAGUGGAGCCUUUCAGCACUUUCAAAGACUAUACUCGAGCUGCAGCCGAGCAGGGCUAUGUCUUUCUGACGCCAUUGGCUAUCGGAGGCGGACCCAAUUAUAUUGCUCUAGCCUAA